AUGAGUGGUGAAGAGAUUGAUAAGAAUGGUAAUAAAGAAAGUGAGGAUGUUGAUAAUGUAACUGUUGAUGAUACAACCAAGACUGUUGUUAAAAAAGUUAGACUAUUAGUUAAUCAAUUGGCACUUUGGGAUGCAAUCAAUCCACAGCCUACCACUUCGGCUAAUGAAGUAAUUGAGAAGAAUGAAGCAAUAGAAAAAAAUACCCCCCAUGAUGAAAUUCGUAAAGAUCCUUAUAAUCUACCAAAGGAAUUUGAAUGGACUUCGUUAGAAUUAAACAAUGAAAAUGAGUUGAAAGAACUUUAUAAUCUUUUAACAAAUAAUUAUGUGGAGGAUGAUGAUGCAAUGUUUAGGUUUGAUUAUUCACCUGAAUUUUUGAAAUGGGCACUUAUGCCACCAGGUUAUUUAAAAGUUUGGCAUGCUGGAGUUCGUGUUAUUGCAUCAAAAAAACUUGUUGCAUUUAAACUUAGAAGUAAAAGAUUAGCACCUGUGUUAAUUAAAGAAAUUACACGUAGAUCUCACCUACAAGGAAUAUUUCAAGCUGUUUACACUGCUGGAGUUGUAUUACCAAAACCUAUUUCCAAGGCAAGAUAUUUUCAUAGAUCUCUUAAUCCAAAGAAAUUGGUUGAAACAAAUUUUUCACGCUUACCACAAAAUGUGCCAUUAUCACGAUAUGUUAAAAAAUAUAAAGUGUCAACUAAAACUGUAACACCUGGAAUUAGAGAAAUGUUAGAAAAAGAUGCUUCAGCAGUUAGAAAUUUAUUAAAUUCAUACAUGGAAAAAUUUGAUUUUGUGCCUGAAUUUAAAAAUGAUGAUGAAAUCAAACAUUGGAUUUUACCUAGAGAAAAUGUUGUCUGGUCAUAUGUUGUUGAGGAUACAGAAACUAAAGAAAUCACAGACUUUUUUUCAUUUUAUUAUUUACCUUCAUCAGUUAUUGGUAAUCCAACACAUAAAACUAUAAAUGCAGUUUAUCUUUUUUAUUAUGCAAUUAAAGAAACUGAUGAAGAAGGAAUUAAAGGAAAAUUGCAGUCAUUAAUGAAAGAUGCUUUGAUUUUGGCUAAAUUAGUUUAG